AUGAGAAAGCGACGUUUGAUGAGGCAACAGGAGCACAAAUGCAGGAAAUGCUCGAUGACAAAGUUAUUCCAGGGAUUGCUCAGUUCCGUGGCUGCCGAUGCAAAACCACCCAGUACAGUACCAAAUAAAGUUAUGCAAGAACGCCAAGAGCGUCGAGGUUUACUUCUUCUGCGUAAGGAAAUUUUCUAUCAAGCUGUUCAGAGUGGUAUCAAGUCUACAGAAGCACAGAAAUUAGCGGAAAAUGCUGUUAACGAAGCACCAGGAGCGUUGAGCAGCCCAAAGAAAAGCUCAACUAGAAGCCUCUCACAUUUUAAGGUUGCCGAAGAAUCCGAGAAACAGCAAAAAGUUAAAAGGGCGGAAGAGGAACAACGAUUUUACGAUUACGCUUACCAAAUGGCUGAAAAAAUGUUAUACCAAGACGACAUCCUUGGUGAUGGAAGUAAAGCUCGUAAAACAAUCAAGCCUGAUCCAGCGGUGCCGUCAUUGCUGAAAGGAUCGAAACGGCUUGGAAUAUGGAAGAACUUAGAGGGAUGUCAGGAUCACAGCCUAGGAUUCUGGUCAGAAUGGGAUCAUAGGGCGGCUAGAAUCAUGAAUCAAUCGCUCGGACCAGAGAAUUCGUUCGAAGAGCAAAUAGAAUGGACAGAACAAGGGAAACAGUGGCCAUAUCCGAUUGAUAAUGAAUACAUGUUCCAUUCUAUGAGCACGUUUUCUUGGAGAGGCACCUCGCCUGGUCUCGGCUUCCAAAAGAUUGGUCCUAUAGCGCACUUUAUGGAGUUGGUUUGCGUUGGUUUGUCGAAGAAUCCAUACAUGACGAUUGAGAAGAAAAUGGACCAUUUGAAGUGGUUUGCAAACUUCUUCAAUGAAGAGAAGCAAAAACUGAUCAAGAAAUUGCAUGAGGAAGAGCAGCUAGCUGCGCAGCAAUCCUAG